AUGGCCGGCUCAGGAAGCAUUACAGACUCGCCGGACGAGGCAGCACCGCGAGGCGCACGUCCACGCAGCAACCCACGCAGCAACCCACGCUCCUCUCAGCAGUCUCGGAGCUGCAGCUUCAGCACCGACCCAUCCGGAUGGGGCCUGUCGCAACCUCAGUCCAGCACAUCUCCUCGAAAGCGCAGUCGAGGUGUCUCCAGACCGUCCACCCAUCCCAAGUUCGUCAUCGUCGGCGACAACAGCUCCGACGAAGACGACGACUACGACGAUUCGGGCGACGACGACCGGCAAGAGCGAAAUCGCGCUCGACGAGGCUCAAAAGCUGACUCAUACAACCAGGGAUCCUCGCAGAGUUCACCUCAUCGUAGAGGCACGAGAAGGACCCAGCAUAGGAUCAACAGGUCAGUACUAGUCUGACCCUUUGCGCAGGGGAUCACAAUUUGCAAACGAUCUUCGCUCCUGACCUAACGUGAAUCCUCAGACCAAUCGAGCCUGGCAAGCGCAUCGAGGUGACGCUCAUAGAAGCUAAAAUCGACCCAAGUCACUUGCCAGCAUCGAUCGCCGACGAACGUGCCUCCUUCCAGCUCCCUCUCGAGUGCAAACUCUUGCUCGAGCCUUCGGAUCCGACACCGGCUCGGCGCAAAAAAUUGCUCCGGUUCCAGCGUCGGCCGAUGCAAGAUCAGAUUGAGACCGACUCUGCGACCGAGCUAGACUGGAUUCACGUAGUACCGGUACAACGUCGAUUUGCGCAUAUCGCCUUUGAAAAGCGUUGGCCGCACUCGACUGCACGGCUCGCCUUCGAUCUGGCCGGAUCACAGUUCGCGCUCGACCUCCUCGACCCGGUCAAGGAUGCUUGGCGCGCUUCGAGCGAAGCGGUUCUUGCAUCCGAAACCGAUGGUGCUUGGAUCCAAGUGGCGUGGCGCGUCAUGGACCUUACUUCCGACUUGAAUGAGGAGACAAAGCCAAUAGUCACAGAUGGUCAGCUGCGGGAACGACUCGAAAGUGAAUUGACAGCGGCGCACAUCGACCUCCGCCGCGAGAUCGCCCGACGCCAUCUUCAGCUUGCUCGUGUGGAUAAUGAUCAAGCUUCUUUACGGCGCACGAGUGAACCCUGCUCGGAUUUUCGGCCGCCGCCUGGAGCGACCUUCAAGAAGACCAAGCCGAUCCCGCUGAGCAAGUUCAUCUACGAUCCCCCACCGCCGUUCACGCACACGAGCUUCCUCUCCCACGCUAUGCCGACGGAUCUACCUCCUUUCGAGGUCGUACCACCCUGGAAAUGUAUCGCUCGACCGUCGGCUAAUUUGACCGAGAAGGAGGUCGACCAACUUAUUGCCGAGGUCAUCGCGGAAUAUGCGAGAGCGAGACCGGACGAAGAUUGUGAGCGCGUGCACAUGGAAAGCUGGGUCAAGGCGUCGAUCUUCAACGAGAACAGCUUCGAGAGGGUAGACCCCAUGAGUGAGUGUCUGACUGGUCAUGUUGCCCUGUUCCCAGUCGACGAUACCAGCCGACGAACGAUUUUCAAAAUAUCCUCCUAGGGCUUCGACGAGAUUUUCAGGCGUUAAAAGGUGUAAUGCAAGAAGUUGGAAGCGAAGCCGAUGAGGUUCCUGGAUCGGAGGACGUUCUUUACAAUCGUCGCUUUCGUGCCCAAGGGGACCCCAAAGUCGGUCCGAAGUUGGCUCCGAUCGUCGAGUUGUUCCAACAGCGCUUGGGCAUCACACCCUGGGAGCUGCAGUCGCAGUGAGUAGCUCUCUGACGUCUCCUUUGGUUGCUGAAGUUGACGCCUGAGCGGAUGUUUGGCGACUGUUAUUAGAGCUCAAUGUUUCACAACCGAUCAAGUCAUCCCCGAGUACGUAUAUCUUCUGUGAGUCGGGCUGGAGUCUCGCUGACUGGAGCUUUCAUUCUGGGGUAGCCCACCGGUCGUGGAAAUUUGCGAGCUAUGCGGAGCGAUCUCCUGUCGCGUUCAUGAAUGUAAGCCGACCCUUCUCUCUCUCGAUCAAGGGAAUGGUGAGGCCUCCUGGCUAAGCGCCGAUACCGUUCUCAUCGUUUGCAGGGUUCUUGGAGGCUCCCAACGUCCCGACCGCACACAGCGCCAGGCCUCCGCUCGCGCCGCCGGAGGACGCACAGGCUAGUGACUGCGGGACCCACUGUCACAAACGGCCCGAAAAUAAUGAGCAUGUGAGAAACAGCUACAUGUCUCGUUGCUGCUCACCUCCAAUGCUCGUGCUGACCCAAGCUGUUCGUCAACAGGUGGAGCGCUACCUCAACGACGCCUCCGCGAGGGACCUUGCGACCUUCAAGUGCUACCUCGAUGAACAACCCAAGGUCCCUUCGUGCAUCCUCGCCAGUAUCACCAAGAGGAACUGCUUCGAAGUCGAAAGCAUACGUCGUCAACUCGGGCGGACCAAUGAUCCGAUCGAGGCCGAGCCCGAGGUCGCGCCAGUCCGACAGCCACUCCGGCGGCUGAAGGCAAAACCUCUACCCGUGGGUAACACCCGAGGCUACGAGCCGUGUGGGUGCGAUGGGCCCUGUCAGGGAACGACCAUGACCAAUGCGACAGUUCCUGGAGGUGGAGGGAGAACGGCGAAGAAUGAUAGGACAACUUGCGAAUGCGUCAAGUCGGGGACGUGGUGCGAUCGCUUUUGCGGUUGUCACGAGCUAUGUAAGUCCUCGGCGCUGGCUGAGAGUGCGAGAACGUAUACAUGUGGCAUGGUUCUGAAUGCUGAUCAAUAAUCUUGCAACCCGACUCUUCACUCGAUUGUUCAUUUCAGGUGCUCGACGCUUCCCCGGCUGCCUUUGUCGCCUCUCGCCCACCUUCGUUCGAUGCGUACGCGAGGACUGCGAAUGUCUUAAAGAGAAUCGCGAGUGCGAUCCUCAUCUAUGUGCCAGAUUCGAUGGACCCGAUGUAGCGAGCGGGACGAAUGAUCAAAUUCGCUACAAGAAGCUCAAGCGCACGGCGAUUGUACGCUCGACCCUACCAGGGGCUGGCUUUGGGUCAGUAUCGUCGAUUCGCUUAGCUCAGAUUCGUGGGGAUAUAGGCCUGACGUCGGUGAUCCGUUCGAUGAUGACCAGUGUCGAGCUGCUAGAGGAUGCAUCGGCAGGCGAUUUGAUUGGUCUCUACGGAGGCGAGAUGUUCGACGUUGAGGAGUCACCUGCGUUGAUCCGACAGUACGUCUGCCGGCCUCUGUUCCUUCUCAGGCGUGUUGCUUACUGACAGCUUUUCGAUCAUUUGCUCACCCACCCAUAGCCAACUUCAAGAAGGAGCUCGAGCAGGUUAUUGGUUCGACGUCGACACGUUGCAUGUAAUCGACCCACUCGCGUCCGGCAACCACAUGCGCUACAUCAACGACUUGGGAACCUGGAACUGCGAAGCCAGAUGUCCGCCGAAUUGACUGGUUCCGUAUCACCCAAGUUUGAGCUGCAAAUCACUGAUGUUUCAUGUGUUGUUUUGGACAGGGGUUUACAUCGACGGGACGCACCAGCUGGGCUUUUACGCCCGGGUCGACCUCAAGAAAGGCGAUGAGAUCUCGCUUGAUUACGGACCUACGUAUUGGGGUAAAAAUGGUGGCUUGCAGCAGAAGAAGAAGACGGCUAGUGGGGUUAAGCAACACGAGGGGAAGGACAAUGGAAAGGCUAAGGGCAAGGGCAAGGAGAGGGAGAGACUUGAUGUGCCCGAAGGAGAUGCGUGA